AUGACUGAAGUGUUGACCAUCACCCCUCACCCCCAACCAUCACCCCCGACCAUCACCCCCGGCCAUCAGUCCUCACCCCCGACCAUCAACCCUCACCCACAACCAUCACCCCCGACCAUAACCCCCGACAAUCACCCCUCACCCCCGACCAUCUCCCCUCACCCCCGAUCAUCACCCCUCACCCCCAACCAUCACCCCUCAUCCCUAACCAUCACUCCUCACCCCCGAUCAUCACCCCUCACCCUCGACCAUCACCCCUCACCCCCGACCAUCACCCCUCACCCCGACAAUCACUCCUCACCCCCAACCAUCACCCCCGACCAUCAUCCCCGGCCAUCAGUCCUCACCUCCGACCAUCAACCCUCACCCACAACCAUCACCCCUGACCAUAACCCCCGACAAUCACCCCUCACCCCCGACCAUCUCCCCUCACCCCCGACCAUCACCCCUCACCACCAACCAUCACCCCUUACCCCCAACCAUCACCCCUCAUCCCUAACCAUCACUCCUCACCCCCGACCAUCACCCCUCACCCCCAACCAUCACCCCUCACCCCCUACCAUCACUCCUCACCCCCGACCAUCACUCCUCACCCCCGACCAUCACCCCUUACCCCCAACCAUCACCCCUCACCUCCGACCAUCAACCCUCACCCCCGACCAUCAACCCUCAUCCCCAACCAUCACCCCCGGCCCUUUAUUUCCAUAA